CAGCAGGUCCCGCCUUUCCUCCCCACCCAUUCAACUUUCAAACCUCCAUUAGUUGUCGAAGUUAGGGAGGAGGGAUUGCGCUCUAAGGAUCGUUAGAGAGAAGAAAAAAACAAAACCAUAACGUCCACAUCAGCAACUCUACCGCCUAAGCUGGUUUUGGUUGUUACCUUUCCUUCCCCGUGGCUCAUCACCUUCCGUGUCUUGGUAUCAGGGCUGCCACAGAUCUGCUGCCACUUCUCUCCUGCCCUCUAUUUCCAUCGCCUUGUGCCUUUAGUUCAGUACCAUCUGAGCUGUUGAGGAGCUGAGGGUGUCAGAAGAGGACUAUAGAAGACAAAGAAGGUGUGAAAAGGCAAACUGCUCUGUAGACCCAACUGCAUGCAGAAACGAUGCUGCUUAUACUUCUCUUCAUAAUCUUAUUUCAUCUGGCCUCGGUGGUUUUGCUCUUCAUCUCCACAAUCAACAAUGCCUGGUGGACAAAUACAAACAGCACUGCAGAUAUUUGGCAGAUAUGUACAAUGAAUGACACUGCUACGUAUUGCUCUCCCGUGCCAAGCACAUAUGGUGAAUACAUUCAAGCAGUUCAAGCCACCAUGAUUCUGAGUACAAUCCUUUGCUGCAUCGGCUUUCUUUCCUUCAUUCUGCAGCUGUUCCGCCUAAAGCAAGGAGAGAGAUUCGUCUUCACAGCCAUCAUUCAAAUACUGUCAAGUCUGAGCGUCAUGGUUGCAGCUGCCAUUUAUACAGACCAAAAAGAUGAGUUUCACAAGAAUGAUAAAGAUCUAAAAAAGGGGGACUACGGUUAUUCCUUUAUUUUGGCCUGGAUCGCGUUUGCAUUUACUUUUGUCAGUGGUGUGAUGUACUUAAUAUUACGGAAGCGUAAAUAACGGGAGGCCUCUUUUCUGAAAGUAGAAUAUCAGGCCUGAGUGAACAUAACCUUUCUGUAUAUAUUCCAAUUUUUUUUUUGUGAGUUUUAGCAAAAUUGUCUUUUAAGAAGUAUUGUGUAUGUAGAGAUGUGUAGAAGUAAUAAAAUAUACUGGAAGCUCAUCCCAUAUUACAUUAAGAAAAUAGUUGGGAUACCUUCUAGCAACUUUACUUUU